AUGCCAUCCAUACUCUCUGAUGCCGAUAAAGAGACAGUCAGACGAACUGUCCCGAAGCCGUCCAGCAAGAUUCUCGCUGUUGCAGUUGCCAGACUCUACGUUGCGCUGCCAAAUACUCAUAAGUGGAUAUACACUGGCCUGCAGGGCGCCGCAGUUCUCGCAAAUGACCUCGUUGGGCAUACAUUCUGGAUAAAACUGGUAGACGUCUCGCCUGCAGGCAGAGGGAUUCUAUGGGACCAGGAAAUCUACGACGGGUUCGCAUACAACCAGGACAGGACGUUCUUCCACACCUUCGAGCUCGAAGACUGCCUUGCUGGUCUCUCCUUUGCAGACGAAAAGGAGGCAAAGACGUUCCUCAAGAAAGUGACAGAACGAGAAAAGAGUGCUAGCAAGGAGACCAAGGCCACACCGUUUUCGGCGGCUCGCGGGCAGACACCAACGCCGGUAUCGAAUGGCAAAAGCCAUAGCCGUUUUGGCAGAGUAGGAAGCCUUCUACAUGGCCAUAGGUCCUCGUCGGCGCCAAAUCCUGCGGAGUCUAUCAUCCCCCCGAGACAACCACCUGCCAAUACCGCUCCUUCAGCACCGGCGGCCCCUGUAAACAAUGAGAAGGCAUCCUCUCCGCUUGAUACAGUGGACCCAUCAUGGAGAGGCCUCCUUGAUGAGCUAAAGGCCAUGGGGAUUACCGAGGAGCAGAUAGCGGAGAAUUCGGACUUUAUCAAGGCAUACAUUGAGCAAAAACAGCAAGCUAACGAGCUUGACGGCUCUAGCACAGAAGCGGCCUCCCAAGAUACCACAAAGAGGCCCAAGGUGCCUCCGCCUCCGCCACCUUCGGUUCCUCCACCGCAUGCAUCGAAAUCCCAACCUAUCAGCCCGCAAAAUACUGGUAAACGAGGAGCACCUCCACCUCCUCCUCCUGCCAGACGAGGCCGGCCAGAUGCGCCUCCAUCUCCUCCCCCUCCGCGGGAGCAGUCUCCAGCCCAAUCUCCCAAACGGGAGCCAUCACCUCCACGACCAAGAUUCCGGGCCCCCCCUCCAAUUGCCGAUGCCGGGAAAUAUGCCCAUAUUCCCGGUCCUAGUCUACCAUCACGGAGCCGUGCGGCAUCCGGCUCUAAUUUAGCCAACCCAGGACCACCUCCUCCUCCGCGACCGCCUAAAACACCAGAAGACAACCGUGCUUCGGUCCAAACCAAUCGCAAAGUAUCAGCUCCUGUUCCUCCUCCGAGUCGGAUGCCUGCCCCCCUUCCGCCUAGGAACGAGGCUAGCUCUAUAUCUCCGCCACCAUUACCUCCAAAGACACCACAAAAUGCCCAUAUGCUACCACCACCGCCACCACCUCCUCCUCCUCAACGAAGCCCAGCUCCUCCCUCUCCACCACCACGACAGUCUCCCCCAGUAUCUGCACCACCUCACCCUCCACCUCCACCACUUCCUACUAACAAUGCACCACCACCUCCUCCGCCACCGCCGCUCCCUGCUUCAAAUGCGCCAGCUCCUCCACCUCCACCGCCGCCGCUUCCACCUACAUCUACCUCUUCUGCUCCAGCAGCGCCUCCUCCCCCUCCACCGCCUCCCCCUCCUCCAGCAUCAGGAGGUCCACCAGCACCUCCGCCCCCUCCAGCACCUCCUGGCGGUGCAGCACCUUCCCUACCAAAAGCACCUCCAGGCAAGGAUGAUCUAAUGGCCUCGAUCCGAGCUUCCAGUGGGCGUGGUCUACGAAAAGUCAGCGAAGCAGAGAAGCGUGAUCGAAGCGCGGCCAUGGUCCCCGGAAGUGCAACCGAUUCAUCUGCUGCUUCACCCGCUCCCGCCGGUGGCAUGAUGGGAGCCAUCCAGGAUGCUCUGGCUAAGCGAAAAAAGAAGGUCAGCGCAAGUGAUGACGAGAAAUCCGACGAUGAAUGGUGA